UUUGAAUGUGACCCUGGCAAAUAUUAGGUUCGGACAGUGGUGCAGUUUGGCGUUUAGAUGGCUGUUUAGUCAGGUCUAGCUCACUGAUAAAAACCGACCCAUUAAUAGACCAUUACAGGACAACUUGGAGUCAAAUCGCACAAUCAUAACCGCGACUCCACUGGGAGAAUCACGGAAAGGUGCUGUCGGCUUGUUCUUGGAAGACUGGGUGUUUUUGAGCUGAAUCACGGCAGAGGCGCGUCACCGUGGGGCGUGGUUAACCGUAAGAGAUAAACGCCGUGUCCACCGUUACGAUGCAGUUAAGUUACAGUUUGGCACGAGACGACACCGGAGCGGAGAGUCUGAGCAGCUAACCAGCGCGCGUAAAGGGAUGGAGACGAAUGAGAUCUUUUUAUUUACUGUAUUAGCCUCUCACUACAUUUGGAACUUCGUCUUCGUCGCGUGGAUUUUAACAACAAUAGAACCUUUAGACCCGGACUACUAUAAAACGCAUUAUUGAAGUUGGGUCACCUGAUCCUGUAUGCGCCAGGACACCCGACCGAGAUUAGAGCAAGAGAAGUCGUAAUGAGUAGUUGUGCAAAUGGUGCAUUUCCUAACCAGAGAGCUGGUACGGAAAGCAGAAUUUCAUGCUCAAGCUACACGUCUACCUGCGCGUAAAGGACAUGGACAUUACGGCUCCGGUCGCCGCUUCCUGAAUCACUGCGCUAUGUUUUAGUAAGUAAAUGAAAAAGCUGUAGUUAGAUUAGAAGCAGUGUAGCAGCUUAAAGCUUUUAUACGAGCUUUUUUCUUAUUUUUAUGCGCUGACAAAUAGUGCAGCGCUCCAAUAGCACAGGACCUGAAAUCUGGCAGCCAAGCAGCACACACCAUUGACCGUGAAAGGCUUGGAAACAGUUCCAGUGCUCCCCGAUUUGAACUUUAACUAAAACAAGUUUUUCAAAGUUGCAUCUAAGUGGACGAGCGUGGCAGGAGUGGAACAUGGCUUUGCCAGAUAGUGGCAUAUCUGCAGAGGAGAUACCCUUCCCAGAGAUCAUAGAGCUCAAUGUCGGUGGGCAGGUGUACAUAACCCGCUACUCUACACUCACAAGCGUGCCAGACUCUCUGCUGUGGGAGAUGUUUACUCAAAAGUCAGCCAAAGGACUGGCCAGGGACACAAAGGGGCGCUUCUUUGUAGAUCGUGAUGGUUUCCUGUUUCGUUACAUCCUGGACUACAUGCGCGACCAGCAGCUGGUCCUUCCAGACCACUUCCCAGAGCGUGGCCGUUUGCAGAGAGAGGCUGAGUUCUUCAACCUGCCAGAGCUCGUCAAGCUUCUGGCACCCAAAAUCAGCAAACAGAACUCCCUUGGUGAUGAGGGAUGUCCUAGUGACACAGAGGACUCCUCACCUGGGACUGACACCUCCCGUAACCUCGGCUCUCUAGGUGCUGCUGCUGCUGCCUGUGCCAGCCUGGUGCCCGGUGCCAUGGAUGGCAAACGUUCUGGGUUCAUCACUAUUGGCUACCGAGGCUCCUACACCUUGGGGCGUGACAGCCACACGGAUGCCAAAUUUCGCCGAGUGGCACGGAUCAUGGUGUGCGGGAAGACCUCCCUGGCUAAAGAGGUGUUUGGGGAAACGCUGAACGAGAGCCGGGACCCGGACCGCCCCCCUGAGCGCUAUACAUCCCGCUACUAUCUCAAGUUCACCUUCCUGGAGCAGGCUUUUGACAAGCUGGCAGAUGCAGGCUUUCACAUGGUGGCCUGCAAUUCCACAGGAACCUGCGCCUUUGCCCACGAGCAGACGGACGACAAGAUCUGGACCAGCUACACUGAAUAUGUGUUCUACCGUGAGUGAGACUAUCGGCUUUGUUUCCCCGGUCCCCUCACCCUGUAUCCAAGAAACCCCCCCCUCCAGUCUCCAGCCAUCCUGUCUUUCUCUCUCUCUGAUGGCUUCUGAACCAGUAGAUGUACUGUAGAUGUUGUGCCCUUCCAUCUCUCUUUACAGCCUCCAGCUUUUAUCCUGUGAACAGUACCUGGCCGCUGCUCUGACUCUUCAUACCUUCUCUGCAGAUCGAACCUGCAGCCUUCCCCUUCAACCCCAAAUUCACCCUCCCCCCCCUCAUCCUCAGGCCAAGCUUUUGCCCUUGCUUAAGCCGCCGCCGCUUCAUCUAGUUGUAGUCCCCAGCCCUGAACCACAGCAACCCCACAGCCAUUCCUGCAGAGACUGAUACCUUCUAUUCCCUUUUUGUACUCUCUAUAUAGUGCAUAUGCCUUGGUUAAAGCACAAUACUGUAUCCAAGAGCUAAUUUUGUUGAAUAAAAAAACACCAGUGUGUCUAUAUGACUAGUGAACCAGUCAUAAGGGCAUAAGGGAAAGGGCUUCAAAGAGUUGCCGUGAUGUACAGUGCUAUAUUUUGCCUGCUUACUCAAGCAGAUCGGACUGUCUCCUGCUCCUUUGAACUAAAUUACCAAAUAAUUGGACAUCUUAUCAGCCUUGAGGGACGUGAGAAACCCCAGCACAUGCACACACACACACACAAAGGAAGUGUAAUCUAAUUUCCUUUAGUUUUUAUUAAAUGUGUCCAGUACCAUGUCCGUGUGGUUUGGGAACGUGCCAUAGUUAAUCUGUUCUGCUGCUUUGGAGUGAAUGGAAAAGAAAAGACUGCAGUGAAGUUAUUUUUUCAGAAAAAGCAGAUUGAAGUUGUGCAGAGGUCUCCUUUUCCAAAAAAAAGAAAGAAAAAGAAAGAAAGAAAGAAAACAGGUUGUGUGGCAAAUGUUGAAAAACUAUUAAAGCUCAAAUAUUAAGAGAUCUUAUAGACAGAGAACGAGAGAGGGGGAAAAAGGUGUGUGUAUUGACUGUGCAGUGGAGCUUUCAGUAUUUUAAUCACCCACACUGAUAGGGCAGAGAAGAUGGAAGGUGUUACAUCACUCAUGGUCCACUGCUCUUUUUUCAUUUAUUGUGCUUCUUUGAAAUUUAUUUGUUCAAUUACAUCUUAAAGAUGAUUAUUUUCCACAGCCGGUCACAUGUCAGAAUGGGCUUACACAUUACUUCCUGUUAUUUGCGUAAGAAGAAAUCAGCAGUCAUCACAGCAGAUCUUUGGAUGUCCUGUAAUCAACAAUGUUAUUCUUAAUACUCAGUAUUAGCUGAAGCGGCUGCAUAUUUGACUAUAGCUCACUCCUUCUGUAAGUGAAUACCCGCGAGAAAGGGUAGGAUUUGCUGUAGCCAGCCAAAGCCCAGUGUUUUCUCACCACUGUAGCAAUGGCAGCUUAUAGUGAGCGCGUUUAACUUUCAGUUACUCACAGUCGGCUCAAAAAGGAGCACAAGAUCCAGAUACAGCCUCAGGACGGGUCUGCACAUCAUAUACCUCAGACUAACAUAAACUUGGGACACUUAAAUCCAACAAAGGAUUCAUCAGAUUACAGGAAAAUGCAGAAAUGGCUCAAAACAAGGACAAAUAAGAGGUUUCGUUUAAAACUGUUUGGGGAACAGGCAGCGCAAUGCAGAGUUCACCCGUGCGACAAGGUGUCGACUUUUUAGUGUGUCUGACAGUUAUAAUAAAUGUAUUCUGAAAUGUCUAGAAAUUGCAAUAUUGUGUUUCAGUGUGAUGAAGUGUUGUUGACAUUCGAGUCAGUCUGUUAGACCCUGCUGCAGUGUGUCGCUGCAGGCGUAGACAACACUGAUAUUAAAAGUGUUCCACCAAACGCAAAUUGAUUUGUCAAAUAAAAUAUGCUUUCUUUCUA